GCCCUGCUGCCGAGGGGGCCCCUCGCUUUUUGACUGGUCGCGCCCACGGCGACACAUUCCCUCUGCCGCUGCUGGGCAGAUCGACGCCAGCGGGAGCGCUGCCACUCGGGCUCUCGCGCGGCGUGCGGCGGCGGUGCAACCAGGCGAUCAUGGCGUUGAACGACCUGGACGCACCGCUGGCGGCUGCGCGGCGUCUCGCUUCGGUCCAUCCUGCGAACGCCGCCCAAGCAUCAAUUGCGCAGCGCAUUCAUCAGCGAGUGGACACUUCCGGCGACCCCCGCGGCAUGGACGGUGAUGAGGCGCUCCUCUCCAUUUUGAAAGCCAAGGACGUCUACAGCGGCAGGCCGACGCCAGUUCGACCUUGUGAGCCGCACCUCCUGAAUAUUCUCGACAGCGGCAUCCGCCCGUUGCCCAUACGCUCGCUGGUGCCCGACUCUAUGCUCCCGCUCAUCGACGAGCCUGAGAAGUUCAUCUUCCGCUUCCAGUCGGUGCUUGAUGGCAUGGUCGAGUCUGGUGAGCUGCCGCCCGUCUACCCCUUCUGGGACGUCAACCUGCGGCGGGACCCUGCCCUGCGGCUCGACCUGUUUAAGAAGCUCAUGCGCAUUGGCCUCGUCGGAGUGCGUACGCGAUGCCGCGCCCGCGCCAGCAUCUUCUUCGUCGGCAAGAACGACGGUUCGCUGCGCAUGGUCAUCGACGGCCGCGAGCCCUCGAGCAUGCACCGUCGCCCUCCGCGGACCGAGCUGGGCUCCGCCGCGGCCCUCAGUGGCCUCUGCCUCGACUCGGGCCAGCUGUGCGCCAGCGACGACGGCUACCACGGGGCCAGCGCGGACCUUCGCCAGGGCUUCUACCAGAUGCAGCGGCUCGAGAUCGGCAGCUGGUUCUGCUUCGACUUCCCGACGGCCAUUCGCAACUUUGACACCGACUACGUCUACGACGAGGUGAGCCAGACCUACAUACAGGUGGAGCCUGACACCAUCGUGCACCCGUGCUUCCAGGGGCUCGCCAUGGGCUGGAGCUGGUCGCUCCACAUCUGCAACGGCAUCACCGAGGACGCCACUCGCAUCGGCAUCAGUCAGGCCCUGCGCAUCUCGCCCGACAGCGUCAGGAUCGUCUCCGAGCGUGCCCCCAGCGCGCGGCUCGCCCCUGGCCAACUGGCUGGCUCCUCGUAUGUCGACAACUCAAACGUCGUGGGCUCGCCUCGCAGUCUGGUCAGCGCGGCGCUCGAGGGCAUCCUGCGCGAGUUUCAGAGGCGGGGACUCUCCUAUCACGAGGUCUGCUACGCGACGCAGGACUUCGUGUGCUGCGGUGUGCGGUUCGACUUCACAGCAGGUCGGGCAGUCCCGCAACGCGAGCGUGGCUGGCGACUCCAUCGGGCGGUGACGGCCCUGCUGGAUCGUGGCGGCUGCACGCCGGGGGCUAUGGAGGUUCUGAUGGGCCACGUCGUGCACCACUUCAUGCUCCUGAGGCCCGCCCUAUCGGUCCUGAGCUCGCUGCAUCGCAUCGUGUACUCUUCCCACGACUACUGCAGGUUCGACGUCGAGCAACUGCGCGAGCUCAACCUCGUGAAGGCCUUGAUCCCGCUAGCCGGCGUCGAUCUCGGGGCGCCCUGGCAUCCCUGGGCCUACUGCUCGGACGCCAGUCUUUGGGGCUACGCCGUGGCCACGUCCCGAUUCGACCCAGACGAGCUGAUGGACAUCGGCGCGUACCGCGAGCGCUGGCGUUUCCUGGCCGUUGAUCGCUACGCUGACGACCCUGGUGACCCUCCUGGCUUUGAGGUCGCCGUGCAGGCAGGCUUCGCCGCGGGCGCGGACGACGACGGCCUCUUCGCAGGCUCGGGGCGGCCGCCGCCGGGGCGAGGGGCCCCGCGGCGACGCCGCCCGGCCAGGAUCGAGGUUGAGACAGCGGCUGCCGCUGCCGGCGGCGGCGCCAUCCCGGCGUUGCCGGACUCGGCGCUCGCGGCGCACCGGUGGCAGCUCGUCGCGCGCGGCGCCUUCCUCUUCCCAGCCCCGAUCCACGCGCUGGAGGGCCGGGCGACCCUCCUGGGGCUCAGGCGCGCCACUCGGUCGGCGGCCGCUCACGGAUGCCGCGUCCUCUCCAUAGGGGGCAAUCUCUCAUCCAUGAUGGCGUUCGAGAAGGGCAGAUGUGCCAACCCAGUCCUGCGCCAGCUGGCCUGCCAGUCCGCAGCUCGGCAGCUCGCCACUGGAAUCCAGCACUACCAUCGCUACUCUGAGAGCAAGCGGAACCCCGCCGACCACGACUCCAGAGCGACGGACCGGUUCGAGUUGGCGCCAGGCCAGACGCAGCGAGGAGCAGCUCGCGACCUGCGCGCGGGGCCAGCCUGCCCGCCCAGUCGCCUCGCGUCGCCCGCCGUCGCGCAGGGCGAGCCGAUGGUGCCGCCGCCGGCGCCGGCGCCGCCGCCCGCCCCGGGCCUGGCGCGCUCGCUCGCGCCGGCCGGGGCCGGGCCCCACCGCCUGCGGGCUCCGCCGCGCAGCCGGCGCCGCGCCCGGCGCGUCCUCGAGCUCUACGCCGGCUGCGCCCGCCUCACAGCGGCUUGCCUGGAUGAGUGCCUUCAGUGCUGGGUCCCCGUCGACAUCUCCAGAGGCGCGUGGCACGACUUGACCGACAAGAACGUGAUACGUGUGAUCCGAUCUCUGACAGUGCGGCGGGAGGUGUGGCACGUCCACCUCGGCACCCCGCGCACGCCCUUCAGCCAGGCCACGCCCGCGCGGAGCCGGGCCAAGCAUUUUGCCUCUGGUACUGGCUCUGUCUCGUUCACCGUCGACCUGCUUCGCUUAUGUGUUCGAUUUGGCGUAAAGUGGUCACUCGAGAAUCCUGCAUCGUCACGUCUUUGGCAGUGCUCAGAGGUCACAGCUUUCUUGGGACGUCAUUGUCAUUACUUCGUCAACGUGCAUUACUGUCAAUACAAUUGCCGCUACCUGAAGCCCACUACCCUGGUCACCAACCUGAGGCAUUGGCUCGCAAGUGGGCUAGCAUUCUACGAUCCUGCGCGCCCGAAGCUGCAUGUCUGGAUGGUGCUCGGCCUGAAUGCCGAGGGGAGGCUCGCCUGGCAGCCGCUGCCGGCUGCCGCGCCCGGGCGCCCAAGCCCGAUCCUGUCUGCCCGCCCGCAGGCCACCAGGAGUGGCAGCCGGGCCAGCUCGACUGGGGCAGCAGCAUCGCGCAGGCGCGUGCCGCCGAGCGCGACCGGCGCCGCCGGUUCGGCCAGGUGGGCUUCAGCGGCGGCGCCGAGCAGCUCGCGGCCGAGGCGCCCCCGCUCCGCCAUCGGGCAGCAGAGGGUCGCUCGCAACGAGGUGGCCCGCAGCGACUUCCUGGCGCGCCGCCGGGCGAAGCCGCUGACGCAGCAGCACUACGGCCGCGCGGCCGCGGAGGCGAGGCGCUUCGCGGAGAGGCACCACUACCAGCAGAGCACGGCCGCGCAGAGGGGCCAGCUCAUGGUGGACUACCUGCAGAGCAUCUUCUUGGCUGGGGACGGCAUCUUCGCGGCCCGCACCGCGCUCUACGGCUACGCGUUCGAGGAGAGGAUCAACCUCAGGGACGCGUCCGAGUUCCCCCAGGCCCGCCUGACGCUCAAGGGCUUCUCCAAGGCGGCGCCUGGGGGGCAGCGGGGCCCUUGCCCAUGGGAGGCGGCGCUGCUGAUAGUCGAUCAGUGCCUCAGCCCCUCGUGCCCGCGUCGGCGGCUUGCGGGGGCUGCCGCGGCAGUGGCCUUCGACGGCUACCUUCGACUCUCGGAGCUGCUCAACGCGAAGGCCUGCGACGCCACGUGCCUCCAGCACUCUGCGACGUCGGCCGACCCCCAGGUCUCGAUCUCCCUGACGCCCGCGGCGCCGCCAGACUGCCCGCCGUCCGCGACGACGAAGUCCGGCGAGUACGACGACACGGUCAUCGUCGGCGGCAGCGCGGCAGCGGCCGCCCCAAGGCGCUGGGUGGCCAGGCUCAUCCGAGACCUCAAGAGGGCCGCUCCAGCCACCAGGCCGCUCUUCCCGUUCACGGCCCGUGAGUUCGAGGCCGCCUUUCGGCAAGCGGCUGACGCGGCCGGGCUGCAGAGGUUGCGCCUCUGCCCGCACGCCCUGCGGCACGGCGGAGCAUCGGCCGACUUCGCGCUGAAGUACCGCUCGCUCGCGGAGGUGCAGCGCCACGGCCGCUGGAAGUGCGCCGCGAGCGUGAGGCGGUGCGAGAAG